AUGAAAGAAAAAGGUAAAAUAGCAACCAAAACAGUCCAAAGACCUUUAAAAGUAGAGUGUUUUUAUACUCCUCCUUUGGGAAAUAAAUGCGGUAAAAUCUUUGAAGUUAAGUAUAAUCGCUCUUGUGCAAUAGCCUUAAACACAAAAGAAAAAUACUCCCUUGUGAUGGGAACGGCUGUGAAACUGCCUGCUGUUAUGGUUGCCAAUAUUUCAAAAAAUAAAUACGAUAACGCCCUUCUAAAAGACCAGCAAGAAGAACAAGAGUUAACUAAUUUGAAAAAUGAAAAAGACCAAUUUCAGAACUCAGUCAAAAAUUAUGAACAAGGAUUAAAAGUGGUUAUCGGCAAUGAUUUAACCAGUAGCAGUGAUAAGGAUAUUUCUGAUUUGCAACAAAAAAAUGCUGAUUUAACCAAAGACAAAGAGGAGGCAGAAAAUCAACUAAAAGAGAAACAACAACAAAUUCUAGACCAUAAAUGUGAUACUCCUAACAAUAACGAAUUGAACCAAUUAAAAGAUGAUUUAAAAAAAGCCAACCAAGAAAAAGAUAGGUUACAAACUGAAUUGCAAACUAAAUUGAAUAAGAAAGAUCAAAAUAUUCCAAUUCCUCAACAAAAGGGGGAAGAGGAUAAGAAAGAAGAACAAGAAAAUCAGAAAUUAACAGUGGAAGAAUUAAGAGAAAAAUUAACUUCUAAACAACGAGAAAUAAGAGAUUUGCAAGAACAAUUGUCAAAAAUGAAUAAUUCCCAGUCUAACCAAGAUAACAAACAAAACCCAAAAUUCUUAUUAGGAAUGAUGACCAGUUUCUUGCCUGAUAUUACUAAAAAAAAUCAAAUUGGUGAAAUUAUUAGUGUGUUUGAAAAAAAGGGGUUAAGAAUAGCCGGAAUGAAAAUGAUUCGUUUAACUCCUCAAUUGGCUAAAAAUUUUUACCAAGAACAUAGCGAGAGAUCAUUUUUUAAAGGAAUGACUGAAUUCAUGUGUAGUUCGCCAGUAGUGGUAAUUUGUUUGGAAGGAGAAAAUGCCAUUAAACUUAACCGGGAAAUUAUGGGUGCCACUAAUCCCCUGGAAGCCAAGACCUCUCCCAAGAAUGCUACCUCACUAGAAAAGAGCAAAUAUUUUUUGCGUAAAAAAGUGUUAGUUUAUAAACAAGAGAAUAAUUUACCGGUGGAAAAGUUAGCCAAACAAAUUAACUUAACUGUUCCCGAAGUAGAAGAUAUUUUAUUUGCUCGUAUAGAUAAAUUUACCCUGGAUAGAUUAGUUAUUUACAUUGAUAAUCUCUUCCCUUUUUACUUAACAGUUCAUGAAAAGAGUCUUUCAUCUCUCCUCGUAAAACUUCGAGUGGUAGAAUGA